UUAAAUACUUAUCAUAUAUAAUCCAAACGCGGGUGAAACGUGAUAAAGCUUUGAUUUUUCUUUAUGUGACCCAUCUGUGACCGACUUGGUUUCAUCUAAAUAUACUCAUUCUAAAAUAUAUUAUCAAAGUAUAUUAAUGAUAAGGUAAAUCUCGAGAUGAUUCUUAUCGUGUAGCAAGACUAAAGAGUGAAUACAGUUUGUUAAAUAAAUUGCCGUAGUGAAGACAACAAAUAUGUUGCGGCAAUUAUUUUUAUUAGCGUUUAUUUGCGCUGGCAUAACGUCUGUUUACUCGAAUAUAAACUACAGGUUGAAUAUAACUCUGGUACCUUCAGCAUAUACUAUAUCUAUAACGCCAUAUUUCGAUACCGGUGACAGCAGAGCCUUCACGUUCGAUGGAGAAGUCACCAUAACAUUCGUGGCUGGAUCAAAAACUGAUACAAUAAAAUUCCAAUCAGAAGAUCUAGACUUCGACGCUUCUAAUAUAACUGUAACAAGUGGUGGUAAUGCUAUCAGCCUCCACACUGAUAUUCCUCUGGAAUUUGAAGAUGAUUACACAUUUGCAUACGUUAAUUUAAAAAAACAAAUGAUACCUGGAGUUGAAUAUACGAUUAAAAUUAAAUAUCAAGGGCCAAUUAGAGAUGAUUUGAAUGGUUUUUAUAAAAGCUAUUACAUCGAAAAUGGUGUUAAAAAAUGGCUUGGCACUACUCAAAUGCAAUCUACUCACGCCAGAAAAGUAUUCCCAUGCUUCGACGAGCCAGAACUGAAAGCAGUGUUCACCCUCAUCAUCGACAGACCACAACAUUACAAACCGACGUUAACGAACACAAAGCUUCAAAGCAGCGUAGCACUGUCAAACGGUUUUAUCCGUGAAACUUUUUAUCCAACGCCAAAAAUGUCUACCUAUUUGGUUGCUUUUCUAAUAUCAGAGUUUGAAGCUGGAGUAACCGUAACACUUGGAAGUAACGAACUUGGAGUAUACAGUAGACCAGAAGCUAAGAAUCAGAGUGAAUAUGCAUUUGAUUUUGGUCAAAGAGUAGUGCAGGCGCUUGGUGACUAUUUUGGAAUUGAUUAUUAUUCAAUGAGUAGCGAUUUGAAAAUCGAUCAUAUUGCAUUGCCUGAUUUUAGCGCUGGUGCUAUGGAAAAUUGGGGACUUAUUAAAUACAGGGAAGCUGUGCUAUUAUAUUUACCUGAAGAAUCAACACCAUAUUUUAAAUAUAAAGUGGCUCAGAUAAUUGCUCAUGAAACUGCACAUAUGUGGUUUGGCAAUUUAGUAACCUGUCACUGGUGGAGUGAUACCUGGCUGAACGAAGGUUUCGCGAAUUAUUUCCAAGACUAUAUAACCUCUUUGAUAGAACCAAGCGUUGGGUCAGGAGAUAUGCUGGUUAUUGGUUCAGUGCAUUCAGCUUAUGACGCUGACAGCACACCCGAUUCUCCAGCAAUCUCUAAAAACAAUGUUAAUACGCCAGCGGAAAUUGAGGGCCAUUUUAGUAAAAUCACCUAUCAAAAGGCAGGUUCAGUUAUUAGAAUGAUGCAUCAUUUAAUAGGAGACGAUGCGUUUAAGUUUGGUCUGAAUGCAUAUUUAUCAGCAAACAAAUUUGGAUCCGGUUACCCAGAUAAGCUGUACUCUUCUCUUACUGAGGGUAUCAAUAAUUUCAACUCAUGCUCCAACUACUCCGGAUUUAAUUUUACAAGCAUAAUGAGUUCAUGGAUCACACAACCCGGUUACCCGAUUUUAAAUGUUGAAGUAGAUCAUGCUAAUUCAUCAAUUAUCUUAACCCAGAAACGUUUCUACAUGAACUCGUCGCAUUCUUCUGAUAAAAUUUACAAAAUACCGAUCACUUAUACACUUGACAAAGACUUCAAUUUCGAAAAUACGAAACCAGCAUUUAUCAUGGAUAACAAAACAUAUGUAUUAACAAUUCAAGAAAUAAAAGCGAAUCACAGUUAUCCAAUCUUCAAUAUUCAAGAAACUGGUUUCUACAGAGUCAACUAUGACAGACAAACAUGGUCCCAUAUUUCGGAACAUUUGAAAGGAAAUAAACGGGAACAAAUUCAUUAUAUUAACCGUGCUAAGAUUGUUAACGAUCUUUUUACGUUCCUGUUUGCUGAUGAAGUACAAUUUGAACUUCUCAAUGAUGUGCUUUAUUUCUUGAAAAAUGAAACGGAAUUUGCGGUGUGGAACGCAGCAAUCCGCGGUUUUAACGUACUGAGGAAUUAUUAUUUCGGUUCCGACACCUUGGCUCUUAUUGAUGGGUUUGCUUUACACCUAAUGGAAAAUGUAAUUAAACACUUGGGCUACAAAGUGCGGAGUACGGAUGAUUUCGUUACUCUUAGGAACAGAAUGCAGGUGAUGGAAUUCGCUUGCAAAUUAGGACAUCAAGGAUGCAUUGACAAUGCACGAGCUAUAUUCCAAGAUUUCAAAACGAAUGGUAAAUGGAUUGAUCCUAGUCUAAGACCAGUAGCAUACUGUACAGGCCUCCGUUUGGGUAACGGUGAAGAUUACGACUUCUUGUGGAACAGAAUGACUACAUCCAAUGUUGCUAAUGAGAUUUCGACCAUUAGCGAAGUUUUGGGUUGCACUUCAGACAAAGCUAAACUGAACAGUUACUUGGUUUCAAUGCUUGUUGAAAACAGCCCAAUAAGGACUCAAAGCCUUACAGUUCCUCUGGCAAGUGUUCUCUCUAACUACAGUAACGUCCAUGUCGUUUUGGAAGCAAUACAAGCAAAUGUAUCUUUGUGGCGAUCAAUUUACCCAUCGCUGGGCUCAGUUCUGUCUACUGUUGCCAAUUCUCUGCAUACUCAAGAAGAUUUUAAUAAAUACGAUACCUGGCUGUCGUCUUGUUCAGAAUGUGGUGAUAAUGUGGUGAAUGCCGCAAAAGGGGCGUUGAACGAAGCUAAAAAGGUAACAGCAUGGGCUGACAAUCAUAAGAGCUAUAUAUGGAGCAGUUUGAGAAGUGACGCCAGGAAGUUAUCAGCGUCGAUCCUGCUACUGGUUCUAAGUGUUAUUACGCUAGCCAAUGUAUUUUAAGACCGCGAUAUAAUUCGUGUUUAUUAUCUUUUAUUUUAAUUCUAUUCUCUAAUAAAUUCAAAAAUUAAAUUUUAAAUUAACUUUAUGAAAUUUAACAUUACUUUACUUAUUAAAUAAUUUUUGAUAGUAGUUUUUUUUAGAUCUUUUUAUAAUUUUAUGUAAGAAUUAAUAUUAUUUUAACUUUAAAAUGUGAAGAGAUCCCAAUCCACUAAAAUGUAAUUUGUAAAUAUAUGG